AUGUCCUUCUCCAGUAAUUCUUAUCCAACCAACACAACAGUAACUGCCUCAACCUAUUCAUGGCAAGUUCUAGAAGCAAAUACAGUCAUGACCGUAAUGGAUCGUUAUAUUCAAAUUAUUCUCUAUAUUUUCGGUGUCUGUGGUUCUCUAUUAAACGUAUUUACAUUUUUACAAAAACAACUGCGAUCCAAUCCAUGUUCGAUGUAUUUCUUAGCAGCGUCUUCGUGUGAUUUUUGUAUUUGCAAUCUAUUUAUUCUGUUGACAAUUAUUGCUUAUUUUGAUCGACAAGAUUAUAACCGUUUCGUUCGUACAGCAUUCUACUGUAAAUUUGGCAGUUACACUACCUUCCUCUUUCAAUGUCUCUCAUCAAUCUACAUCUGCCUAGCAUCCAUCGAUCGCUACUGUACUUCCUCACCUCAUUCAAAAUUACGUAAACUGAGUAGUGUGAAAGUGAGUCGUCUCCUCAUCCCCUCAGUCUUUCUGCUUUGGGCACUCUUUUCCCUUCACAUUCCGCUCUCUUAUGAUCUGCGUCGUUACACACCAACAAGUACUAAUCUCCAAUGUACAAUUCAACAAAAUGUUUCGACAUUCUUCGUAAUUAUCGAUGGUUAUUUCUUUGCAUUGCUCAACGGUGCUAUUAUACCGUUUUUCCUAGCACUAUUUGGCUUAUUGAUCAUACGUAAUAUACGGCAUAGUCGACAUCGUGCUACAGCACCGCAACGAACUUCGAUUAAUACAGGCACUGGAGGACGUUCAACUGGCACCUCAACACUUUCAACAACUAGACCAAUUAGUCGUGCUAAUCAACAUUUAAUAACAAUGUUAUUGGUCCAGGUUUCUCUCACAAUCUGCUUAAAUCUUCCCUAUAUUGUCUUCUAUCUAAAUGGAAUCUAUAAUCAAGUAACGGUGACAGUUGCCUACAUUGUAUUUAAAGUAAUGUCAAAUUGGUUUUAUUAUCUCAAUUAUUGUAAAACGUUUUAUGUUAAUACAUUGGCCAGUCAAUUGUUUCGAUCUACUCUGAAACAGCAAUUAUUGUUCUUAUUACAGAAGUCAAAGACAAAAUUGGUUACAGCAUGGUCUAUUACGCCAGGUGGUAGUGCAAGAUAUUGA